AGUGUUUUUCAUUUUGAAUUACCUAAAUAUUCAAGACUAUAAAAAAUGUCAAAAUCAGCAGCUUCGUUUGGUGUAAAUCAGAUAAUCCAAACUGAAAAGAACGCAGCACAAAAAAUAGAAGAAGCACGACAGCGUCGAGUUUUACGAUUAAAACAAGCUGAAAAAGAAGCUAAGGAAGAAGUUCAAAAGUUACGUUUAGAGCGUGAAGAACAAUUUAAUAAAUUUAAGGAGCAAGCCAUCAGUCUUAAUAAAGAUGCGGAAUUACGUGUGGAAAAAGCUGCAAAAGCAGCGAUGGAUGACUUGGAGCAUAAAGCUAAUAGAAACAGGUCUAAGGUAAUAGAAGAUAUUUUACAAUUAAUUUGUGAUGUUAAGCCAGAAAUACAUCAAAACUAUUUAAUUCAUAAAGAUAAAACUAGAAAGAUAAUUCGCCCUGAUGAUGCAUUUGAAGGAAACAUACAAACGAUAUAUUCAUCACAGAAAGUGUCACAAAAUAUCACAGAUCAAUAUGAAGUUCGUAAAGAAAAAGAAAAUGAGAAAGUUAAACCUAGAGUACCCAGAGAGUCUUUUACGGUGACAACUGAUUUGUGUAAUUUAUGUAGUCCAGAAACACGUAUAGAAGAUGGUCGUGUCUGUGCAGCUUGUAAUCCAAACGCUACAUUUAGUGAUCCUAAAGAGUUGGCUGAAUGGAAAUGUCCGGGUAUAUUGUGUGAUGGAGGUGGAGCAGAUAUAGAUAGUGAACAACAAGAAUAUACUCCAAUAAAUAGAGCAGAAACAAUAUACCAAAGGACACCAUUUACUGAUGUUAAAAGUUUAAUCAGCGAAGAAAAUGAAUACAGUAUUAGCGAAGGAAAAGAUACCGUCGAACACGAAGGAAGUGGUAACAUAACAGAUGAAUAUACGAAAAGUGAAAGUUUUGUUAAAUGGGGAACUGUAGAUGAAUAUACAAAAGAAAAUGAAAAUUAUCGUUCAGAUACUGUUAGUACGGCAGAAGAAUAUCAUGAAUUAAGUCACAGUCAACGUGUCAAGUCCAGUAGUAUUAGUUCUUCAGGAUAUCCGGAAUCAAGUGAUGAUCAAAUCGAAUCCCAUAAUAUUAGCUCUUCAGAAAAUCAUGAAUCAAUUCAUGACCAAGUGCUGUCCCAUGAUAUUAAUUUUAUAAUGGAGGAAAAUCAUUUCAGUGAAUCAAGUCACAAUCAAGUCAAUAAUACUGCAGAAUAUCACGAAUCAAGUCACGGUGAUAAACAACAUGUUAAAGGUGUUCCAGAAUUAGAAGUCGAAAAAAAAUCAAAAGAUGAGAAUGUUAUAGAAAAUGAAAAUCACUUAUUUACAACAUUAGAUUUAUCAGAAAAUCCAUCUGAAAGAACCACUAUAGUUAUAGAAAUUCCACGAAUUGGGGAUAAUUUUCAUCCAACAUUACCCUGGAAACAAACACAUUGCCGUAAAUGUUCUAGGAACACCGGAACUCGAAAUAUUACAAUUAAUUUAAAUUCGAUGAAAAUUGGUGAAGAACCAAACUCAACAAAAGAUUCUAAACUAAAAGAAGAGCCACUUUUACAAACGGAAGAUGAUAUUGUUACUGUAAAUAGUGGUGAAUUGAACAUUCCUCGUGGCUGUGACAUAAAAACUCCAACAGCUACAAUAAGUACUUCAUCGUUUAAUGUCAGUACUAAUGACGAUAACGAUAGUUUACAUGAGCCGGAGUUCUAGAAUGACUAAAUUUGU